AUGGUGCUGCUCGUCGCCAUGGCGCUCGCACUCGCCACUGUCGCCCAAGCGGCAUUUGAAUCCUACUCGUUCAAAGUCACCGACAUGAGCCCCAUGUUUGCCUAUUCACCCUCGUCCUCAGGUACCGCCGACCAGACUUGGAACCAGACCUGGUCCCAGACCAACUGGUCUCAGUGGAUGACGGGGCAGGACAUGAUGGGCCAAGGAUUCAGCUCGCACACCACGACCUUUGCGGGUGCGACCGUGUCGAUCUCGUUCCUCGGCACGGGCGUCACCUUCACUGGCGACGCGAGCGGUUCAGUCUCCGUGAUCGUUGACGGUGGUAGCGACUCGCCUUCCGACGUCAGCGCUGUGAACACGACUGUCGGCCAGGCGACGGGCCUCGACUAUGCGUACCACACCGUCACACUCAAGCUUCACUCGGGCGAGCUUGCCCUCCAGUCCGCGCAAAUUGCGACCUACAUUGGCGGCUCAGGAGCGCGGGCCGUCAAACAGUCCAUGGCGUCCUUGACGGAACACACCGAUCAGCUGUGGUACAUGUCCGACAACAUUACCGCAAACGACAAGAAUGCGUGGACCGCUUCCACCAGCAUGUGUGGCUACCUAGCCCAGGACAACUCGUACUGCUACGGGGCUUAUGACCGCGUCGGGACGAGCUCCCCAAGCGCCUGGAUGAGCUUUGACAUUCCCGCCAACACUGCCAUUGCUCUUCUCUACGGCACCGUCGGCUACGGGUACGGCGACUACAGCAUCACUGUCCAACCUACCCCGUACAACUCGCCAAGUAACGUAACUCUGAAUGGGCACAGCCCGUGGCUGGGAUUGAACUCGGUCACAUUCUUCGCUGCUCUCGACCCCACAGUCCAGUACAAGCUCAUCAUCGACUACCUGGGCAAUUCGACCCAGCAGUUUGACUUUGUUCUCGCCCAGUUUAUCAGCCCCGAUGGAGGCGAUGGCUCGGCACUGCCGUCAGGGACGACCUCGGACACGGCCUCAAACGCAGGUACAACAGCAACAGGGUCGUCGGCGAGUAGCUCCACAGGAUCGGGCUCGAGCGCAAAGACCGGUGCUGGCCAAACGAGCAGUACUCCCAUUGGCGCCAUUGUGGGCGGUGUCGUCGGCGGCGUUGUUGUUCUUGCGGCCGUUGGCGUUCUCAUCUGGUGGUGCAUGCGGAGGCGUUCGCGUUCCAAGGAGCCUACCGGCAAGAAGCGCACCAUUGGCAUCCCCCUCAACCCCGACCGCCCGCGCAGCGCUCUCUCCGACUUUGUGGUUGACGAAAUCGACAUGGUCCAUGCGCCUUUUACUGGCGGCAACGACAGCGUCAACUCCCUGACUGGCCCUCGCAUGGAGGGAAACAACUCGCAAAUCGACCCUUACUCGGUUCCACCCACAAAGGCACAGCUCGCCGGCGUUGACCCAUUCUACUCGCCACCGCAGGCUGCUCCUGGCCGGUUUGGCGGCCACACGCACUCGGACUCGACGUACUCGGGUAACACGUUUGGUGGUCCCCGGGAAGUCAACACUCCUUCCUCUCCUCAAAGCCAGUCGAUGACGGGCUUUGCGUCUAGCCAGGACCACCCCUUGUCGGCCAACGCGAGGAGCCCCAUCUCGCCCACGUCAGGCUUCAAGGCUACGAUGUCGCCACUGUCCCGCCCUGCUCCCCAAGAUCUGUCAGUGAUCACGCAGGAGUCUGACGCCGGUCGCGUCGAGGCAACACCAUACACAGCUCCGACCGAGGAGCGCGUACCUCCUCGUUAUGACCCGUCCUGGGCCAGUGACCUUGAGCAGGCCGGUCCCGGGAGUCGGUUUUGA